GUCCCGCCAUUCCAAAGCCUGAUUGUUAUGCUUCCCACGCAUUGGCUGCUCCCGCGACCCCACUUCCAGCUCCAUCUGUAUGCGGAAUCACACACACAUACAAAGUUACUCUAAGACGCUGGUUUUUCCAGUAGCAUUGCUUGAUCAAAACUAAUAAACGUAACCAUGCAUUGUAAGUGAACUUCCGGCAGUAUGAUGUGCGGAUUUAUACCAGCUCUGUCCCUACAGGUCUGGGCAACAUUGAUGUUGCUUUCUUCACUGCAAGGUAAGGUCAUUGCACCAUCACAUCUGCAGGCAAUAGCUGGGUUUCCAUUCAUGAUGGAAUGUAAUAUUACCAUGGAGAAAGGGGAGGUUCUAAAACAGGUGCUGUGGUUAGACAUGGCAAAUAAAACAAUAUUGCACUAUCAACCUGAAAAGUAUGACCAUGUCACCAAAGUGGAUGGAGUUCAGCUCACAGCAAAAGCUGUAGGUCAUCGUGCUCACACUAGCAUCAUCACCAUUUCUAGAGCUGUGCCAGCCAAUGAGGGCUGCUACCAAUGUCUUUUUGAUGUCUACCCGACCGGACAACAGAAAGGAAGGAUGUGUCUCUCACUAUUAGCAAAGGUGGAGAUGAUGGGUAAUAAAACAGUUGUGAGUGGAAAGCCUGUCACCCUUUCGUGCAAUUAUAUCCUCAAUAAGCAAGCUCUGCAGGUUGUAUGGACAAAAACAGCUGAGCAGGGAGACACCACUGCUGUUGCUUCAUAUAUCAGGAAUGGGAGGCCCAUCGUUGAGGCACCUUUCUGGGGACGGGUAACUUUAAAUCCAUCCCUAAGCCAAACCCAGCUCUCCAUUCAACAGGCUCAGACAGAGGAUGAGGGAUGUUACACCUGUGAGUUCCACACAUAUCCAGAUGGCACUAAGAGUGCAAUUGCUUGUCUCUCUGUAUAUGGUUUGGAACAUUUCACAUGCUCUUUAAAUGUGUGAACACGUGCUCAGAUGGGAAACUACUGCACCUUUUUCCGUAAUGGUUGUUUAGGUAUUUAACAGCCACACACCAAACUCAGACCCCUUUUCUCUGUGUUCCGGGUCUUGCAAUGUUUUUUAAAUGAAUGUUUGUGAGUGGGUGCAUUUGAAAGAAUGUGAAAGAGAAAGUGGGAAAUACAGAAAGAUAGUGUGCGUAUGUUUGUGUCCGCUUGUGCAUACAAAUAAAAAAAGAUACAAUACGAAGUCGUCUACAUAGUGGGGAGGGGACUACCCAACAGUGCAUUGGAUAAAAAUGUAUGAAAUAUUAAUGUAAAUGUAAAAAUGGUGUUAUAGGGACUAUAAAAUAUCAUAAGUACAGUUUAAAAUUAAUAACUCACAAUGGGAAGUUUUCAUUGGCCUAUUGCUAGGUUAUAUUAGGGCAUUCAAGUAGUUUUUACAAACAAACCUUACAAAAAACAUUACUGGUGUGUGUCUUGAGACAAAACAAUGGCAAUGAUAUAUGUUAAGAUAUAUCGGUGCAAGAUGUGUUUAAAUUAAGACAGAUCAAUCAUGCAUUUUAGUCUGGGACUAGGAUAAGACCUCUCUAGGAAACUGCCCUGUCUCUAUAGCAGAACAUAAGCCCAGUCUAAAAUUAAAUCAUGUAUUUUUAGGGAUGUCACAAAUUCAAAUUAAUCAUUCACAUUAAAAAAUACCCCAUAACAACAUUUAAAAUCAUUGUGUUAGACUUAGCUUAAGAAAAGAAUGAUAUGUCUUGAUAAACAUUCACCUUAUUACACACCAUAUAAUGUUAUAAACAUAAUCAACAAGUGUAUUUUGUGCAUAUAGCCUAAGUGGUGCAGUGUUUAACAAUGAAAAAGAUACGAUUUUAGGAUGUUAUUUAAUAAUUACGACAAGACCAUUAUGUAAUAUUAGACACCAAAAACCAAAGUGGAGAAGAUGAUCAUUAAUUAAUUUUUGCGUCUGAUAUGAACGUAAUUCAUUAAAACCUUGAACGUAGAUUAAAGCAAUAAACCCCAAGAAGCACUGGGUUACCAGUGCAUUUUAUAACAGCUAAGGGGCGUUGUUAGGCACGACGCGAAGCUGUUAUAAAAUGCACUGUAACCCCACUGCUUUGCGGGGUUUAUUGCGUUUAUAAAACGGUUACAUCAUAUGCAUAGCAGGGUUUCACAAAAUAAAACACAAAUAAGUUGUAAUUAUAUUAGUACAAAUAUUACUCUUCCGCCAAACAAAGUAGUUCCUCAGAAUCAAGUGUGGCUGCAACAGAGCGCAGUUCCCAACCAACACAAAUGCAGCAAAGACACAAUGAAAAUAUGAUUAAAGACUGUGGUGUUUAUUUUUAUAAAUCAACAUUCAUCUAAAAUAUACAUUAACAUUUAUAUCGUGCAACUGUUGAAGUGAUAAUCAAAUAUGCUUGGAAGCAUGCUUAACUCUUUCCCCGUCAGUGUUUUUUUUUAAGUUGCCACCCAGUUUUAGUUUAAUGCCUUACAGAAAAAUUAUCUUAUUUAAAGAAACAUAAAAUAUCAAAUGAAAGAAACCAAAAACAAAACAAAAAAAAAAAAACGUUUCAUCCUACCUUCAUUAUCACCUCUCAAAUUUUCAGCUAAAAGCGGAGAUAAUUCCAUUUUUGUGAAGAACUUUAGUAAGAGAUCAGAUUCAACGCUGUUGUGUUGAGUGAAUGCAUCAGUGUUUAAGUUGGGUAAGAUUGCCAUCUAGUGGAUAAUAGCGGAAAUAUCAAUAAGACAAAAACAACUCAGAGAACGUAUUCUCUUUAUUGACGAAAUAACUCAACAAUAUUUAUUGACAUUUAUCUGGAUAUCGCCAUAAUUGUGCAAAGGUAGAAAAAUUUAAAUAUGAUUAAAGACUGUGGUGUUUAUUUUCAUAAAUCAGUACGCAGCAACAGUGGCGCAGUGAUACUUGUGAUGCGGUCUGAACUGUGGGGUUACCGGUGUAUUUUAUCACGGUCUAACGCGUUCAACCAAUCAGAAUGAAGAACCAGAACGAGCCGUUUUAUAAAUAAAAAUGAACACUUUUCAGAAUUUUAAACUGUGAUUCUGUUAGCAAACAUGGUGAAAGAGAAACUACAGGAAAGUUAGGCUAGCUAGUGGAUUAUAUCAAAAACCAUCAGGACAUCAACAUGCCCAUAAUUUAGUGAAUCCUCACCUCCAGAUGAAGUAAUAAACUGGACUGAUUAUUUAAAUGUUGACAUAAUCAUGUGCGUUGUUAACUCUCCGGAUUUUGUUUUGUUUCGUAGCUCUGCUUCACUCGUUUAUUUCUCCACAGGGACUGUUUGGUUAGUGUUGUGUGAGCUGCAGACUGCGAGCAGAUUGGAUUUCAUUUGGCGCUACGCAGACCGCUUGGUGAUGUCAAAGUACCGCGAGAGCGAUUAGAAAGCAGACUUCUCUGUGUGAUUUCUCGAAUCGCUCUCGCUGUACUCUGAUGUCAUUUUUUUGGCUGUUGUUGAACCACAUGAAUACACCCGUCUGCUUUACAGUCACUUUUGCGUGGUGAUAAUUUGAUUUCAUAUGAUGAUCGGAUCGCGCAGUGCCGCAUGAAGUCAAAUGCACCAAAUACCAAAUAGCCGACUGUAUAUGAGGUUCAACCCGCCAAAGUAGCAAGUGGAGCAUGCGAAUGGUGAGUGAUUCAGAUGUCAAUUUAUGAAUGAAAGUGUCAAAGGUUUGUCUCACACUGUUAAGUAUUUUCACGCUUUUUUAAAUGGGUAUACGGAAAUCCUUGACCAUCAGUGGGUAAACUGCGUAUACCGGCAUAUCACGUUAGAUUACAAACAAACAAGAAAAAACAGAGUUACAAGACCAUAGCCUACUCUAGUAAUCUUUUUCAUACUGAGCGCUUCAUUUUCGCGUUGCUCUUUCUCGUUAUCUGUAAAGCUCAUUCAUGACUCCCAUUUCGCGUAUUCGCUAUUUUACUAGCAUAUAUGGGUUUCAAAAGCAGUAAACUCAGCGCGUCAUAUUCAGCACCAAGAUGACUGACAUAUAUAUAUUAACGAAUUAAAUGCAGCACCAAACAAUUCCGCACCAACCAAUAGGCUGUAAAAUAAAAAAUGAAAACGACUGAACAAAUCAAACGAACGCAAGCAAGCAAGCAAGCAAGCACGGAGGCCCCUAUUGGCCGGGGCCCCUGGGCUCAAGCCCAAUCAAGCCCAAUGGUAAGUCCGGCCAUGGUUACCACACUCACAUAGACAAUAGCAUCCAGCUGCAGCCCCGCAGACUCACCUCCGGCUAGACACCAGUGGCUGGACACCAGGGGCACGUUCAAUCUCACACCGGUGUGCAACGUUUUGCUAUGGUUUCCAGGUUGAAUCACAUGUUUCCUGGAAACAGUGUGCAACAGGUUUUAGAAGCGUUUUCUCUUGUUUGGUGGGUGUGUCAGAAAUGUCGGCCCAAUUAGCGGCAAGAUGAAUAAAACCACGCGGUAGUAAAGAGACAGCUCGCUCAAUGGGUUGAAGUUGGAAUGUUGUCUUUCAUUCUGGACGGCAAGGUCAGUGACUGUAACAUCGAGGGUAUUUUACAGUAUUAAACACACAUUUAUAAUGAUUUCAUCAGGCUUUAGAAACAUUUAAAAAAAGAACACAAAGAAUGGCCUCUCAGUUACUGUAGUUGCAACUCUUGCGUCAUCACAACAGGGUGUUCAAUGCAUCACCGUUUCUGUUUAAUAAACGUUGUGCAACGUUUUGUCGGGGCUGAACCCGUUUCGCCGCUAAUUUCCGUUUUCACCGCUGGAUGAACAGCAAUUUUAUUUCAUAUUUUCACCUCUGGAUAAGACAGCAAUUUUAUUUUAUAUUUUCACCUCUGGAUAGACAGCAUAUUUAUUUUAUAUUUUCACCUCUGGAUAGACAGCAUAUUUAUUUAAUAUUUUCACCUCUGGAUAGACAGCAUAUUUAUUUUAUAUUUUCACCUCUGGAUAGACAGCAUAUUUAUUUUAUAUUUUCACCUGUGGAUAGACAGCAUAUUUAUUUUAUAUUUUCAUCUCUGGAUAGACAGCAUAUUUAUUUUCGGUUUUCACCUCUGGAUAGACAGCAUAUUUAUUUUUUAUUUUCAUCUCUGGAUAGACAGCAUAUUUAUUUUAUAUUUUCAUCUCUGGAUAGACAGCAUAUUUAUUUUCGGUUUUCACCUCUGGAUAGACAGCAUAUUUAUUUUUUAUUUUCACCUAUGGAUAGACAGCAUAUUUAUUUUCGGUUUUCACCAGUGGAUAGACAUUCUUUGCAGGCUUAAUUGCACACGUCUUUUCCGUAUUGUCAUUUUACUUUAAUGACUUAAAAUAUAUAAUAUAAAAUCUGUGUGCAAAUUGAAAUAUGAUCUUUAUAAUAUCUCUUUACAUAAAACA